GCGCGGGGCGCGUUUCCAUGGCAACGGGGCAGCGGCACCGGGACCGGCGCCCCUCGGUCGGGCCGGUACCGGGCUGAGAUCCUCGGAGCUCCCCCCCUGCAAGAUUCCCUCCCCCGGCAGGAUUUUCCCUCCGUGUUCUCUGCUCCGCCCGGCACGGAGGGGAGGAGGAGGAGGAGGAGGAGGCCGGGCUGCCCCGCAGCUCCCGCAGCUCCCGCGGUCCGGGCCUCCGCGCCCCUGGAGCAGAUCUAACCCUGCCUGUCCUGCCCCUUGUGCUGCUCUCCUCUUUCCAGCUGCUGCCACUCACCCACCCGUGGGACCGGGAGAGAUCUGGGAGCUCACCAGGAGUUUUCCUCCCUGGUUGUCUCCUCCCCAGCCUGAGCAGCAAUGCCAUCAGCCAUGGAGGGACCCGAGGGGGCAGAGGAAGGGGAAAUCUUACGCUAUGAGGAAGCAGAAGAUGACAGUGCCAGCCCCACAGACCUCUCUGAGCUGCUGAAGGAGGGGACCAAGGAAUCCCACGACCGAGCAGAGAACACUCAGUUUGUCAAAGACUUCCUGAAGGGACGGAUCAAGAAGGAGCUCUUCAAGCUGGCCACAGUGGCCCUGCACUUCACCUACUCUGCUCUGGAGGAGGAGAUGGAUCGCAACAAGGACAACCCAGUGUUUGCUCCUCUCUAUUUCCCCCUGGAGCUGCACCGGAGAGAAGCCCUGGCCAGAGACCUGAGGUAUUUCUAUGGAGAAGACUGGAAAGAGAAGAUCCAGUGUUCAGAGGCCACUCAGCACUACGUGGACAGAAUCCAUCACGUGGGACAGCACGAGCCAGAGCUGCUAGUGGCUCAUGCUUACACACGCUACAUGGGGGACCUCUCGGGUGGCCAAGUGCUGAAGAAGGUAGCCCAGAGGGCCUUGAAGUUGCCCAGUACUGAAGAAGGGAUCCAAUUCUACAUGUUUGAGAACAUUUCCAAUGCACAGCAGUUUAAGCAGCUCUACAGAGCCAGGAUGAAUGCUCUGGAUUUGGACAAGAACACCAAGGAAAGGAUCGUGGAGGAGGCCAACCGAGCCUUCAGGUUUAACAUGCAGGUCUUUGAUGAGCUGGACAAGAUUGGGAAGUCACUGACAGAAGAGGCCCAAGAUGGAGGCUUUCCAGUCCACGAUGGAAAAGGGGACAUUCGGAAAUGCCCUUACUAUGCAGACAAACUGGCAGGCAAGGCAGGACCUGGCUGUCCCUAUCACACUGCAGUGGCCCUGGCAAAGCAGCCCCUGGUGCAGCUGAUCCUGGUGUCCUGCAUGGCUGUGGUGGCAGGAGCUGCAGCCUGGUACCUCUUGUGACAGCACACCCUGCCCUUCAGACUGUUCCCUGGCUGCUGCUGGUGAGUUGGCUGCAGGCUGGAGUAAGAAAAGGAGCAGGAAUCCUGCAGGACUGUGCAAGACACUUUGCACACUGAUGGUGCAAGCACUGUAAUGUCAUGUCUUGAGCUGCCUGGUGCACGGGACUGAGCUGGGGUGAGGAUCCACUGCAGCACUGCCCUGCCCUACCUGGGCAGCUUUUAAGGCUAGAGGUGUCUGUCCUGUCCUGGCUUCAUGUGCUUGGCUUCUCAUCUCCCCCCCAGGGGCUGGAGGGAAUCUCUUGCCCUGGGCUGCAGUCAGAAUGUGUCAUCAGCCUUCACUGGGUUUCCUUCCCCCAGGCACUGGUGGUUUGGUCGUGCUCUGGGUCCCUUUGCUCAGAGGUGCAGUGUCCUGGGGACCAAGUCUGGUGUUGGAGGAAGGUCCCUGGGUCUGGGGACAGGACUGAGUGGGUGGGGUAUGAAGGUGACAAAUGUGUAUUGUGCAGCACUGGAGUAGGGAGUUGGUUGUUCUGUUUAUUUCUUGAAGCCUUGCCUGGAUUAAAGAGUUGCAAUGCUGGAGCUGGGAAAAGCUGAAA